AACACUGUUUUAUCGAUUGAGAUUUAAAUUUUUUCUAAUAUAAAUGUAGUUUCUUCGUAUUAAUUUGAGUUUAUAUUAAAACAAAUUCCUAAUUUAGCGUCUCCAUGUAUUUAAUUGUUACAAUCAAUCAAAACUAGGAUUUUUUCGUUUGUAAUUUUUUGACAGCUGUUAACCUCAAAAUUUUCCAUGGACCAGUUGGAGGAGAGUCAUUAUUUCCACUUGCCCUCCCAGGGCAACAUUUACACUCUUGUUUAUCUGGAAGCGUCAAAUUGCCCCCAUAAAAUCCUAGUCGCGUCAUUAAAACGCGACAUUUUUUGUAUAGAAUACCAGGAAUCGGGGGGCUGUCUCAUCCCCACAACCAAGGAAGUGUCAUUUACUUACAUACCAAGUGGUGCUGAAAUUAUUUCACUUGAUGCUUUCAACAAAUCUGCAACGAAAAAUGAAUUCGUUAUUGGAAUCACAAUAAUUAAAAACAGUAAUUUGUUAGAUUCGUCGUUUGAAUACUACUUGAACAUUUAUUCAGAYUGGGAGGAAAACGACGAUUUCAAUAUCGAUAAUAUCGCCCAAAAUUGCCUCAACGUUGAAUUAAGCUUCACCCCUUAUCAACUCACCCACACUGAACUCGUAAUUUGGGACAAUGAGCGAAUUUCAACCCAAGAAAUAGUCUUUUUAUUAUCAGGAAGUGACAAUCAAAUUCACAUUUAUCGCGAAUACACCACUGAUCAUUUGUACAAAGAAGUAGAUAAGGAGUACUUCCCCGAAUUUAACAAAACACCAAGUCCCGCCAUCUGGAUUGAUGUUUACUACAACGCCGAUUAUUCCGAACGUGUCACAGCCCUGGCGUGUGAGUGUGGUUACGUGAGACUCACUCAAGUUUGUGUAAAAACAAACAAACUUGUGUUUAAUUUCUCAACAAAGUUGAAUAAUUUUAUUUCACACUUGAGGCUGUACCCCACGUCAAAUUGUGGCUUAAAUCUAGUCAUCAUUAACACAAUUUUGCCCCCAGUUUUGUUCCAGAACGUUCAAAUUUAUGGUUUAAGUAAUUAUGUUUCCUUGCCCCGGCAUGACUAUACAUGUGUUUUGACUUGUUGUCAAGUCGCUGAUGUUGAUUUUGAUGGGGAAAAAGAAAUCCUAGUUGGGAACAGUUCAGAGGAAAUCAUGUUGUAUAAACGCAAUCCUGAGGGUUGGUCUUUAGUAGAAUUGAAAAUGUUUGCGUCGCCUAUUAUUAGUAUGAAAUAUGUGGACUUGAUCGAGGAUGGGGUUAAUYAGUUGGUGGUGUUGUCGAUGAAAGGGGUGCAUUUUUUGCAACAUGAUUUUGCACAUCUUGAUAGGGUUUUAAACGAGAAAGUUAAGUUUGUUAAUUUUUGAAAAAAAUUUCAAGGUCACGAGUGUGACAGAACACUGUUUUAUCGACCGAAAUUGAAAUAUAUUUUAAUUAUGUUUUA